GGCAGUCACUCUGCUUGUGUGUGUGUGUGUGUGUGUCAUCCCCGCUCGCCGCCCGCCACCGGAGGUUGGAGUCUCGCGGCGUCCUCCUUCUUCUUCUUCUUCUUCUUCUUCUUCUCCUCUUCCUCUCAAACAUGUUUCGCAACCCGUGGAUCUCUAGUUACCUUGUGACCCAAGAGUCUGGACCUAAAGCUCGGAGCACGAUCUGCAGCUCCGCCUCGCUGCCCACAGAAACCUUGAGUUUUCAGACCGUGUUGGUGAAGAGCGUUUCAGACUCAGAUGCCAAACUCCUGGUUGUCCUUCCCAAGGUUUCAGAGCUGAAGAAACACUUUGAGGGAGCCGUCGCCAAGCACCUGGGAAUGAACAGGAAGGAGAGGAUCGCACGCCGCCUGGAGGGCGUGGAGAGCGACGCCGCCCCCCCGACGCCGGCGCCCGGCGGCUUGGUCGCCAACAGGAUGCUGGAGGAGGACCCGCCGCGGUACACCCGCGCCUCGGACCCCUGCGAGCCCCGCGUGACGGUGAGGCGCUACAGCCGAGAGGAGUCGGCGGCGCCCCCGAGGAAGCUGUCGUCUCUGGACCGAUCCGGCCAAGGUGGCGGCGUGCGUCCGGAGCCCGCCUUGGUGUACGUGGACCCCGUGGCGUUAUCCGACCCCUCCAGCCUCAGCUCAAAGGCCGAACGCAUCGCCCGCUACAAGGCGGAGCGCCGCCGCCAGCUGUCGGAGCGCUACGGCAUCCUCCUGGACCAGGAGGCGGAGCUCGAUUACGCGCCGCGCUACUGGCCUCGCCGCGACGCCAACGGCGCCGACCGGCAAGCGGCGUCCGGGCGGGAGGCCGAGGAACAGAGACGAGGAACGACGGCGUGCGGCGCUGGAGCGGGCCGGGUUUACACGAGCACUCACCCGGAUCCCGCCCCCGUUUCCACCUCCUCGAAACAAGCCCCGCCCCCGACGCCGGAAAGGCCCAGGCGUUUUUCGCAGCGGGAGAGGGCGAUGAACACGGAGAACCACCGGCGCGGCGCGCCCGCCGAGCGCUCGGUCGCCUCCAGAUCCAGAACCCAGGAGCUGCAGCGGCAGGACGCCGCCUAUCAGGAGUUAAGCCCCGCCUCCACCAGGGACCACAGCGUCGGCGGGGUGCCCGGCUCCCCUCGCGCCGCCCGCCGGGCCUCGCUGCCCUGCCCUCGGUACGGCGUCUCACCGGGGGACUUGUUCAUCGAGCAGCAGGCCCAGAGCAUCCUCAGCCGACAGGGAAUCCGGGUAAGAGAACGAUUGUCCGGGGAUGAAACACCCGACUGGAGUCCAGACGAGCACCAGGGGAACCGACACCGCCCCCAGGGGAACUCCGCUCUGUUCGCCCCACAAAGGACCGCCCCCCAGCCUCGGCCCAGCAAAGGCCGCCAAGCGGCCCGCCCCCUCUCCGUCCCGGAGUACCGACACACCGGCCCCGCCGUGGACUCUCAGCCCUAUCUGGCCCUCCCUGCCCCGACGGCUUCUGCCAAACUCCCUGGAUCUCCUGAGGUGCAACCGCGAAGGAGGGUGAGCGCCGACCAACUCCACGCCACCCACAUGGAGGUGAGACUGGAGGCCCGGCAGGCCCUGCAGGAAGAGGCCAACACGAAGGGCCUACUGAAGAGCCGCAAAGCCGUUCUGCCCUCGGAGAUCCGCCGGAGGGAAAAGAGCGUGGACGAACCUCGCGGGGGGCGGAGCGAGGACUCGGACCGGCAGGACCGAAGCCCGGAACGGAGAAGGACUGGUCGGGGCGAGGAAGACUGGGAUCGGGAGAGACCGAGGGAGAGGAACGUCGAGAGGAUCAGGGAAAGAGGGCGAGAGCAUCUCUCGAGACACGAUAGAGAAGAGGAGAGAUUGUUUAGGUCUACGCAGCCUUCCCUCACCGUCGUACUCCAGCAACCCUCAGAGCCUACCUACCAUCGAGAGCAAGAGCCUCCAACGCCACUUCAGUCCGAACCCAGAAAGAGACAACAGGAAGAGCCUCCAUCGCCACUUCAGUCCGAACCCAGAAAGAGACAACAGGAAGAGCCUCCAACGCCACUUCAGUCCGAACCCAGAAAGAGACAACAGGAAGAGCCUCCAACGCCGCAUCAGUACGAACCCAGAAAGAGACAACAGGAAGAGCCUCCAACGCCUCAACAGUACGAACCCAGAAAGAGACAACAGGAAGAGCCUCCAACGCCACUACAGUACGAACCCAGAAAGAGACAACAGGAAGAGACUCCAACGCCACUACAGUACGAACCCAGAAAGAGACAACAGGAAGAGCCUCCAACGCCACUACAGUAUGAACCCAGAAAGAGACAACAGGAAGAGCCUCCAACGCCACUUCAGUCCGAACCCAGAAAGAGACAACAGGAAGAGACUCCAACGCCUCAACAGUACGAACCCAGAAAGAGACAACAGGAAGAGCCUCCAACGCCACUACAGUAUGAACCCAGAAAGAGACAACAGGAAGAGCCUCCAACUCCGCAUCAGUACGACCGGCCUCCAGAGCCUCCAGAGCCUCAACGGCUCCCUCAAAGACUUCAGGAGUUCGACCUCCAACGCCAAGAGCCUCCAAAUCAUCAGCGAGACUUCCGGAGAAAUCCACAAGAGCUCCUCCUGGACUUUGAGCCUUCGGGGAACCAGAUGUCGGACUCGGCCGUCGAUCUCCAGAAGCGCUCGUCUUUGCCGCGGGCCAACCAAAGAAGCGAGGAGAUGGGCGCCGGGCCCAGACCCAAGAUGAGAACCCGCGCCAUGUCCGACGUGGGCUCGACCACGUCCCGCAUGGAGAGGGCGGCGGCCUGCAGGGAGGCGCUGAGGGCCGCGCCGACGCCGCCGCCCGACGGGGAGACGGACGCCCUGGACACCAGGGUGUCCGUGGCGCAGCUGCGACACUCGUAUCUGGAGAACGCCAACCGGAAACCCGAGUUCGAGACCACUAAAGUGGAUCUUCCGGCGCCGGAGGUAGUAGACCCGGCUGGCGGCGCCGAUCGGGACCGGGGGGCUCGGAGGCCUCUGCGCUACCUCGCCCCGGGAGACGGCCGCAUGUCGGAGAGGUUUAGGACCCAGCCCAUCACGUCUGCAGAGCGGCUGGAGUCAGAUAGGUCUCGCCUCAGCCCGUCUCAGCUCCAGGAUCCCAAAGAAGAAGGGAAAGUCGACGACAGAGCCAAGAUGAGCGUGGCCGCCAAGAGGUCUCUCUUCAGGGAGCUGGAGAGGACGUCGGACGGAAACAUUCCCAAACCGCGCUCUCGAAACGCUGCCGUGGACCGGCGGCUGAGGAGAGUCCAGGACCGGUCUCACACUCAGCCCGUCACCAACAAGGAGGUGGUCCACGCCUCCAGUGAAUCGUCGUCUCAACCUCGGAGCGGCUACUCUCACGUCAGCGCUGUGUCCAGCAUCAGCGUCCCGGCCUCCUCGGCGGUCCAGGAUCGGGAGAAGGAGACCCCGGACCGCCGUGAACCGGUUCCGGCUCCCGGCGCUGGUCCAGAGGGGGACGGCCAGGAGCCGUUCUCCAGGGAGCCGGACCUGUCCACCCUCACCUUGGCUGAAAAGAUGGCGCUCUUCAACCGGCUGACCCGGCCCACGGCCCAGACCCCCGAGGGGGUCCGGGGGGACACCCGGCAGCGCAGGGCCAGCGCCCGGUUCCAGACCCAGCCCAUCACCCAGGGGGAGGUGGAGCAGGAAGCUGAGCCGGUGGUAACCUCCACGCCGCGUAGUGGUGACUUAAAGGCCAAUCGGGGACAACACCUGAAGAGCGGCGGCGCUCUCAAACUGGAGCCGCUGUCCGCCUCCCUGAUCCGGUCCGUGGCGGCCGUCACCUCCCAAGCCACCGUCUCCACGGUAACCAUGACGUGCGGCGGCGGCGUGCCCUGCAUCCCUGCCCGACAACAGGCUGCUGGCGCGUCGAGCGGCCGCCAGGAGAGGGCGCUGAUGUAUUUCUCCAUGACCCAGAGCGAAGAGCCGGGCCACCCCGAGCCGCGCUCCUCCUCCCCUCUCUGGAGAGAGCGUCGGGAGGAGGAGGAGGUGGUUCGGGGGAGACAGGAGGGAGGAGCCAGAGGAGAGGUCCGAGACGGCAGCGUUGAGGGAAAGCUGCACUCCCCCGACCGGGACCAGCAUCCUCAGCCUCAGCACUCGGAGCCGGAGCCCGACCGAAGAGCCGCAGACGGACGCUCCCGGGAGAGGAAGGAGAGGGCCGAGGGAGGGGGGAGAGGAGGGAGAGGAGGGCGCCCGGGGGAGGAAGAGGAGGAGGAGGAGGAGGCUCCUCACGGCUCCUCCACACAGGAGCAGGAGAAGAGCGGCGGUGGCGGCAGGAGCCAGCCGGGCAUCUCAGACCUGCUGUUGUCGGGGCCCCUGGCAGCCUCAGCGUCCUCCAGGGCCGUGGCCCACGAGUCAAGCGCCCUCCAGAACCCUCAAGCUCUCCCCGGGCCUCCUGCCGACGUCGGGCCCCCGCCGACGGCCCCCGGGCCCUUCGCCCCGUCCCCUCAAACGCAGCCCCGGCCUCAGGGGUUCGUCCAGCCGCUCCCGAAGCCCUACCUGCAGCCGGCCCCCCGGUCCCGGCCCGCGGUCCCGGACCCCGGCGAGGACUCUGAGCGGCGCAGCGACGGCUCUGGAGAUCCUCCGUCCCCGACGGAGUCCGGAGAGCUUCUGUCUGACGCCAUGUCCAAACAGAUGUCCAUCAGGGAGAGGGUCGCGCUGCUGAAGAAGAGCGGCGAGGAGGACUGGAGGAACCGGAUCAACAAGAAGCAGGACGCGGCCCACGCGGCGUCCGCCGAGCCGCCGCCACGGGAGGCAGAGCAGAGCGGCGAGAAGGAGGAGGUGCUGCUGGUCCAGGACGACUCCGCCGUGUCGGAGCAGCUGUGGGAGCCUGUCUUCUCUUCCACCUUCUCUCCCACUAUCUCCCUCGGCCAAAAGUGUCAGUAUGUUGACCACCGCAGUCAGACGACGGGGGAGGAGCUGGAGGCCCAGAUGUCCAUCGAGGAGCGGAAACAGCUGAUUUCCAUCCGCGAGGACGCCUGGAAGACGAAGGGCAGGGGCGCCGCCAACGACUCCACCCAGUACACCGUGGCCGCCCGCAUGGUCAGGAAAGGCCUGGCCGCCGCCUCCUCCUCGGUGAUCGGCCCCAUCCUGUCGCCGCUCUCCACCAAACUCAAGAGCAGCCGACCACAAGAGGAAAUCGAGGUGCGGUCAGACAUGGAAUCAGACAAGAAGCUGGACAAGCUGGAGAGCUUCCUGGGCCGCCUGAACAGCAGAGUGGCGGGUCUGCAGGAGGCCACGGUGGCGGUGACGGAGCAGGCGGUGAAGGAGGUGAUGAAGCUGGACGACGAGAUCUUCUCCAAGUUCUACCGGCGCGUGGCGGAGUUCCCCCGCCUGCCCACCAGGGUGGAGAUCAACGCGGAUUUCGACGCCAUCUUCGGCUCCCAGGGCCCCAAGCUGACUUCGACCAUGCUGCAGCACAAGCGCUCGGUGCGGCCGUCCAGGAACGUGCCGGCGUCCAGGAACCCGCUGAGGAAGCUGGCGGCCAGAGAGGACGUCAGGCACGAGUACACGGAGCAGAGGCUCCAUGCAGCGCCGCCGGAGACCACCAGGGGGCGGAGCCAGGUGACCUCCUCUGGGCUGUCGGAGGCCGCUCUGGCCGCUCUGGCCAGCCGGGAGGACUUCGGCAGCGUGAGUCUGCGCAGCGUCGGCGUCUCGGAGCAGACGAGCAACAACAGCGCCGCGCCGCACAAGAUGCUGAUGCUGAUGCAGGUCAAAGGUCGUCGUCACGUUCAGACCCGGCUGGUGGAGCCCAGAGCGUCGUCGCUGAACGGCGGCGACUGCUUCCUGCUGGUCACGCCGGAGCGCUGCGUCGUCUGGCUGGGAGAGUUCUCCAACGUCAUCGAGAAGGCCAAGGCGAUGGACCUGGCCACCUUCAUCCAGACGAAGAAGGACCUGGGCUGCCGGGCGAGCCGCGUGCAGACCGUGGAGGAAGGGGUCGACCCCCAGGGCCCGGACGCCCAGGAGUUCUGGACGCUGCUCGGCGGACCGGCUGCUUACCAACCGGCCGGCCCGCCGGAGGAGGACGAGCGCUUCGAGAACGCCGUCGUGGAAACCAACUGCAUCUUCCGACUGCUGGACGACAAGCUGGUUCCCGACGAUGACGAGUGGGGGAAGGUCCCCCGCUGCUCGCUGCUGGCGCCCAAGGAGGUGUUGGUGUUUGACUUCGGCAGCGAGGUGUACGUGUGGCACGGUAAGGACGUGACUCUGGCCCAGAGGAAAGUCGCCUUCCAGCUCGCCAAACACCUGUGGAACGGCACGUUUGACUACACCUGCUGUGACGUCAACCCACUGGACCCCGGAGGCUGCAAUGCGCUCAUACCCAGGAAGGGCCAGGGCCGUCCCGAUUGGGCGAUAUUCGGCAGGCUGACGGAGCACAACGAGACCAUCUUGUUCAAGGAGAAGUUCGUGGACUGGACCGAAGCCAAGUCGCCAACGCCAAAGGACGGCGGCGAGCUCGUACCGGAGCAGAAGGAGGCGCCGGGGCGAGAACGCCGGCCGUACGACGCCACCUUGAUGCUGCCCGUCCAGCGGUCGCCCGUCUCCACCGUCCUGGACGGGUCGGACGUGGGCCGCGGCCACGGCCCGGUGGACACCGGGGACCGCAUGCGGACCCGGGAGGUCGGCACGGCGUCGGUGGACGUCUGGCACAUCCUGGAGUUCGACUACAGCCGCCUGCCGCGCCAGAGCAUCGGCCAGUUCCACGAGGGCGACGCCUACGUGGUCCAGUGGAAGUACACCUUCAACACCUCGGUCGGUCGCAGGCAGAACCCCGAGGCGAGGAGCGGCGGGCCGGGGAAGGAGCGCUGCUGCUACUUCUUCUGGCAGGGACGCCACUCCACCGUCAGCGAGAAGGGCACGUCGGCGCUGAUGACGGUGGAGCUGGACGAGGAGCGGGGGGCGCAGGUCCAGGUGCAGCAGGGGAAGGAGCCGCCGUGUUUCCUUCAGUGCUUCAACGGGGGGAUGAUCGUCCACGCCGGCAAGAGGGAGGAAGAGGAGGAGAACGCUCAGUGUGAGUGGCGGCUGUACUGCGUGCGCGGCGAGGUGCCGGUGGAGGGCCACCUGCUGGAGGUGGCGUGCCACUGCAGCAGCCUGCGCUCCAGAGCCUCCAUGUUGCUGCUCAACGUCAACAAGGCCGUCAUCUACCUGUGGCACGGCAGCAAGACGCAGACGCACACUCGCGGCGUGGGGAACGCGGCGGCGCUCAAGAUCAAAGACCAGUGUCCUCUGGAGGCGGGGCUCCACAGCAGCAGCCAGGUGACCAUACAUGAGUGCGAUGAGGGGGCGGAGCCUCCGGGCUUCUGGGAGGCGCUGGAAGGGAAAGACAGGAAGGCCUACGACUGCAUGCUGCAAGACCCGGGGAAGUUCAGCUUCACCCCCCGUCUGUUCCAGCUCAGCAGCUCGUCUGGAGACUUCGUGGCCAGUGAGUUCUUCCACCCGUCAGGAGCUCCGGAGCUCGUGAGCUCACUGCCGUUCCUCCAGGAGGACCUGUACACGGGCCCCCAGCAGCCAGCCCUGUUCCUGGUGGAUAACCUGCAUGAGGUCUACCUGUGGCAGGGCUGGUGGCCUCGGGGCUCCGGCUGCACCGGCUCGGCUCGCCUCCGCUGGGACUCGGACAGGAAGAGCGCCAUGGAGACGGUGCUGCAGUACUGCAGGGAGAAGAACGACAGGAAGCCCCAGAAGUCGUACCUGAUCCACGCCGGUCUGGAGCCGCUCACCUUCACCAACAUGUUCCCCAGCUGGGAACACAGGGAGGACGUAGCAGAGAUCACAGAGAGGGAGGAGGAGGUGUGCCACCAGAUCAUCCUGGUGGAGGAGGUUCUGGCCCGGCUCGGGGUGGACUCCUUCCCUCUGGCCCGGCUGCAGGCCCGGCCGCUCCCUGAGGGGGUGGACCCGCUGCGCCUGGAGGUCUACCUGUCGGACCGGGACUUUGAGACCAAGUCCUAGAGCAGCUUCACUGCAGUCUGACUCACGACUGGAACACGACAUGGAGACCUGAAGACCACUGAGACCUGAAGACCACUGAGACCUGAAGACCACUAAGACCGCUAAGACCGCAAAGACCACUAAGACCUCUAAGACUACUAAGACCUCGGAGACUAAUGAGACCACUGAGAACCAGAACCUGUUUUUAUUUUACUUUUAUUUUGAAAGUUUUUGGAAAAAUGUUUUAUUUUGACAAGAUGCUUGAAUUUCAAAAUAAUGUGUCUGUUUCACAUGAAUCAAAAACCUUAAAAAAUAUAUAUAUAUAUAUAUUUAUAUAUAUAAAAUAUAUGUCUAUAUUUAUAUAUAUUUAUACAUAUACAGGACUGUCUCAGAAAAUUAGAAUAUUGUGAUAAAGUUCUUUAUUUUCUGUAAUGCAAUUAAAAAAACAAAAAUGUCAUGCAUUCUGGAUUCAUUACAAAUCAACUGAAAUAUUGCAAGCCUUUUAUUCUUUUAAUAUUGCUGAUUAUGGCUUACAGCUUAAGAAAACUCUAAAAUCCUAUCUCAUAAAAUUUUAAUAUUUCCUCAGACCAAGUAAAAAAAAAGAUUUAUAACAGCUGAGUGUUUGUCAAGGCUCAGGAAACCCUUGCAGGUGUUUCGAGUUAAUUAGACAAUUCAAGUGAUUUGUUUAAUACCCUACUAGUAUACUUUUUCAUGAUAUUCUAAUAUUUAGAGAUAGGAUAUUUGAGUUUUCUUAAGCUGUAAGCCAUAAUCAGCAAUAAAUCAGAAUAAAAGGCUUGCAAUAUUUCAGUUGAUUUGUAAUGAAUCCAGAAUGCAUGACAUUUUUGUUUUUUUAAUUGCAUUACAGAAAAUAAAGAACUUCAUCACAAUAUUCUAAUUUUCUGAGACAGUCCUGUAUAUAUUUAUAUAAAUAAAUAUAUUUAUAUAAAUAUAUUUAUUUAUAUAUAAAUAUAUUUAUAUUUAUAUAUACAUUUAUAUAUAUACUGUAUAUUGAUUUCUGUAGCUAUAAAGGAAAUCAUUUGCAUCUCAUUUGCAUAUCUGGUGUUAUGUUGUUUUUGAUACUUCUCAGACGUGUUUAAUGUCUUUUAUCUCCAGAAGCUUCUCUUUGAAAGCUGUAAACAAUAAUCAUGAUUUUCUUUGAGCUAAAUAAUCAAACUAAAAACAUUUCUACGCAUCACAACAACAACAAGAACAACAAGAACAACAAGAACAACAAGAACAACAACAACAAAAGGUCCUUAAAGUUUCUAUUCACAUACUUGUGUGUGUGGUUCACAGGAAGCGUUGGACAUGACCAGAGAGGAGUACGAGGGGUUACCGGGGUGGAAGCAAGUGAACACGAAGAAGGCCAAAGGAUUGUUUUGAG